AUACAGUUCACCAAGGAGAUCGAAGAAAAUGGUAAGAUACCUUUUCUAGACUGCUUGGUCACUCGCAACAACAACAAGCUAAAAACGACUAUUUACAGAAAACCGACACAUACCGACCGAUUACUAGACCAGUCUUCGUACAACCCGACCUCUCACAAGGCUACUACUAUCCGGACUCUGACGAGACGAGCGCAACUAGUUUACGACUCACCUGACAGCCUACAAGACGAGACUGAUUAUCUUAACAACGUUUUUAGCGAGAACAAUUACAAAACGGACUUUGUUAGACGGAACACUCAAAGUAACACUGAUUCCAACUCUCACACAAACUCUGGCCCUGUUACGACAGCGACUAUACCUUACAUCAGAGGCACCUCUGAAACUAUUGCACGUAUAUUACAACCUUACAAUAUACGUGUUGCGCACAAACCGAUAACCACUUUACGGCGACUGCUUACUAAUGUAAAGGACAAAGACAAACCGGAGGACAGACAGGGAGCAGUAUACAAGAUCAAAUGCUGCGACUGCCAGGCUUCUUACAUUGGUGAAACCGGCAGAAACCUAAGCAUGCGACUGACCGAACACAAACGCGCGACGAGGAAUGGUGACGUCAACAAUCACAUUGCUGAGCACCAUUUAAAGACGAAACAUCAAAUUGACUGGGACUCUGCGACAUGUAUAACGUAUUCUACAGACUACUAUCAACGUCUUACUUUAGAAAGCUGGUUUACUAACUUGGAACAAACGCCACUGAAUCGUAGCCAACAGUUACCAGCGCCGUACAAACGACUUAUUGACGAGCUCAAGCAAAACUAACUACGAGAGAACAACUGGAGAACUGACAAUUUGACUAACAAUAGACGACUGUUUAACUGUGACAAUAGACGGAUCGAAACGCACCAAUCACUGAUUACGAGUCUUCAUAGCCAAUAACAUCACGGCUUAACUGACAGACGACCAAUAACAUCGCGACAUAAUUGACCAAUCAGAUCAGUAACCAGAGUAUAAUACCAUCAACUGACGUGAUACAACUCACUUUGACUCUGAAGAUGACUACCGCACAGGUUGUCGAAACGUCAGUCACUGUCAACAACAACAGUCCUAUUCAGGACUACGUUCACCCGGACGAUCAAACUCAACCUUUUGAAAUGACUCCUGGGUUCAAACCUUUCACCGUUGAAGCUUUGUUUCAAAAUAUUUCCAAAACGCUCUCGUAGAAUGUGUUUAAACUUUGCCACAACUAAGGCAACUAAGGGAGGUACAAGCUCCCUUAAGCAAUUACUGAAAAAAAAUCCAAGUACCAAGAAAUACAAAGGCAAGUAAAAAACAUAAUGGCGUCAUUAUGUUGCCAUGGUAACUCUAAUGUCAGUAAAACAUGGAUCAUAGCCAAUUUUGAUCUUUAUAUAGUGCAGCUGUUGUAACCUUUUUCCGAUAUCUUUGUUAAUGCCGAUGUGGUAAACGCUCAAAGUGGGGAAGUAUACUCCUUAAAAAAUCCAGUUGAGCCACCUUAAACUGGAUGCACCAUGCGAUAUUCUGUUAUUAAAGCCUAUAUGCAAUCACUGUUGAUAACUGCACAGUGAGGUUUUCAUGUGUUAGUUGGGCAGGAACCGGCUCAAUUCUUACUUGCACUAUAAAAAGCCCUCAAAGCCCUUCAUCUAUUCUUUUAAAUGACAGGAUUUCCUUGCAAUGCAAUCUUCAUUCCCUGUACUCCAAUGAACAUUAUUCAUUAUAGCAAGGGACUCAGGGUAGUAGACCAGAUAGAAGUGAGUCCCAGGCUAUAAAGUGGUAGUAGUAGUAGUAGUAGUAGUAGUAGUGGUGGUGGUGGUAGUGGUGGUAGUAGAAGUAGUAGUGGUGGUAGUAGUAGUAGUGGUGGUAGUGGUAGCAGUAGUAGUAAUAGUAAUAGUAAUAAAUUGCUUUAUUUGCAUGUUCCGCAUCAUUUUACAGUAUUGCAAAAGCAUGCAUAUGACAAUCAAAAUAUAAACAAACAGCGCUAAUAAUAAUCUAGAAAAAUUCAGUUACAUUACUAACAAUGAAUCAGGUAUUUUCAUAACUAACUUAUUUACAUGAUGUUCCUUCGAAUUCAUUAUCAGUUUUAUGCUUUCUGGAGAUGAUUUCUUGGCAAAGUCAGGUAUUAUUAUUAGUAGUGGUGGUGGUGGUGGUGGUAGUGGUGGUAGUAGAAGUAAUAGUGGUGGUAGCAGUAGUGGUAGUGGUAGCAGUGGUGGUAGUGGUAGUGGUAGUGGUAGUGGUAGUAGUAGUAGUAGUAUAUAGUGACAAGUUACAACUCAGUGGUUGAGAUGGCCCAAUUAGAGUAAGACCAAAAUGGCCAUAGACAUUGAGGCAAAAAAAAAACCUGUAAGGUUUUCAGGGUUGAAAAAAAAAUGUCAUACCUUUCUAGAAUGUACUACCCCAUUUGGUAUAAACAAAGUGACAUCUACAAAAUAUUUCAUGGAAAGUACAUGGUAUUUAAUCAUUAGUAGAUGAGGCAGAAAUCGUAUGAACGAGUAAGAUUUCCGAUACAAAGGCGGUGAGUUUGAAAAUAAAUACCAAGUUCAGAGAUUCUAUAUCUUCCCUCAAAAUGAUUGGAAAAGGCAUUAGAACUCAUCGGUGCUCUGGAUCAUGACAAAACAAUUCGCUUGUGUUUUUUUGGCGAGAAGAAAUCAAUAUACUAACGUGCGGAAGAUGUUUUUGCUUUUAAAUUUAAUACAUAUCAAAUUCAACAAUACAUAAGCUUAUCUUUGAUCGUUGUCACAAACCGGCACAGCAUUGUGAUCGCCGCCGAGCGGAGCGUAAUUACACUUGUUGUAAAUAUGAGCACAUGUAACUACAACUGGAAAGGCUUAAAUGAGUCCGCAUUCCCUGCUCAUUUAUACCUAAGUUAGUACUAUAUAUUUCGAAACCAUUUAGUAAAUUGACAGUCGACCUUUCGCAAGAAUCAGUGUUUAUCAAUAGAUUUCAUCGCAUUGAUCCCACAAAGACUUACUAUUUCUUCGCAACAACAUUGGUCACCUCCGCUUCUCAUAAAAUCAUGGCGAAAUGUUGCAUUCUCUGUCCAAAGACACCGCUUCUAACGGAGAAACAGCUCCACGCCAUACAUUUCUUUGUAGCGACUUGCAAUGUUUGCCCCCUGGCGAUCCCAUAAUCCUGUGCGCAUAACUAAGUGUCCGAUUACUGGAAAAUCAUUCACUCUAGUUGCAAAGGAUGCUCCCUUGGAAUUUAGCUUAGUGGUAAAAUGCUAUGCGUGUUUCAUUUAGAAAAAAUCAGCCAGUUAAAAAGUUAUUUACGGUGCUGUCAAUGUAAGAAUUUCAGUCUCAACCAAGCAUCAGGUCUGAUGGGGGGGACCCCCCAAACCCUCCCCCUGGAUCCACCACUGAGUAGAUCAGUACAUUUUAUUUUUGUUUAUUUGUUUGUCUCUGCUGGUGACAUGUUCUUGUAUUCGAUCAUGUUCUUUUAUUGGAAGAUGUAAAAUCAAAUGACCAUUGUAUUGAAACUGCUGAAGGAACAAGUUGUCCAAAAAAGUGGCCUUUUCUUUCACUCAAAUCUUAGAACCGACAGGAAGUUGAACAUUUUAAAUUCAUUCAACAAGGCAAUAGAGACCGUUUCCGUUUACGCUUACAUGUAAUAAUAACAAAACAAUAAUAAUAAACUUUUAUAUUCAAGUGUCAAAUACUUUAGGUAUAUAAGCUAAUUGGGAACACAAAUAAAUAGAUAAAUAAAUACGGGUAGAUUGCCGCUUAUCAGGGAGAAAUGGGUAGGCUACCCAAUAGAAUGGUUACGCCACUACUACAUCUGGAAAAUAAUGGUUGCCUUUUAUAAAACUACAAGGUAAACACGUUCGCUUACCCGUACCUGUAGGCUCAAAUGGUGUAUCUUGAGGUCACUAAUGAUGGUCUCGUUCUCAAAAACAGCUGGAACGCAAAAUCGUUCAAAACAAGUUUAAAUGUACAGAUGAAAUAUUAAAAGAUGCCAAAUUUUUUUCUAAUUUCUGUACUGCAAACAAGUCACAGAUCAGUUAAAGAACCGUUAAAUCUAAUCCGAACUUCAAAUGACUAGGCUAAUUGCGUGACAGUUUGCGGGGUACGUACACGGUGAUCGCGGGCGAUAAGCGCCAUGGAGUCUGAUUGCAAAAAGGAACCUUGCGAUGGGCGUCAAAUCUCCAGGCGGUGGAAAUCAUUUCAUAAUGAGAUAUACAAAGAACAAAGUCAGUCAGAUUUUCCUCCAGUAUAAAUCCAAUAACAGAGAACAUGAGAGAAACAUUUAAAACUGCACACAUACCUGGCAGAAACGGAAGAUCUGUUCCAACCGAGUCUAGGUUUUCGUAAAUAAUUAUUAAAGAGAUACUCGCUACUCCUUUUUGACAGUACCCGCUUUGCUUGUUGUAAUUAUACCUUGAACGGGUUUCUUACUUCCUAAAAUGGAAAUUGUUGAUAGCGUUUGUUUUCUGGUUCUCUCAGUUAAUGGUUUCUGUUAGCUUAAACGUACACUCUUCGCAGCCUUUUUCAGAAGCAAAGUCGUCUGGGAAGUUAUCGAAUUUCACGGAAGUGUCAGGUUAGUCCUUGCAAAAAUUCAUGAAAUUAGGUUACCUUUUCUUUGUGUCCCCUCGACGUAUGAAGUUGAACAUGUAGCACGUCAGUGAACAACUCUAAACUUUCAACGAAAAGGGAGAUGUGAAUGUCUUCGAUGAUUUCUCUUUGCAUUCCACGUUGUUGUUCCCGACCACGUGACCAAGAAACGAUGGUCUCUGGGGAGUCUGGGGACGAGAAUGAUUGAUCGCGUGACGAACUUAAGUGACGAACAGGAGGGCAUGGUGCUACGUUCCACAAACGAUGUAAGUAAACAGAAGUAAAUUUUGAGAGGGCAGUCUUUCCUUUCGUAAAACAGUACAUCGAAGACAAGAUGGCGGCUGAAUGCUGUUACGACUUAACAUUUCGCGCACAUUUUUUGAGCAGCAGGUAAAGGUCAGUAUGAUAAUUUUUCGUCCAACAAUUAUCCUAUAGAUAUUU